AUUUAAACUAUAAUGCCAAUGGACGCUUCUCAAUACAUUGACGUAACAACCGAAAAGAAUCACUAUUCUCUUGAUCAUUUUGUCAUUCCUUCUCAUUAUGAAAGAGAUGUUUCUUCCAUUCUUAUUCCUCAUGGUGUAAUUAUGGACAGAGUUAACAAAUUGGCACGUUUAAUUGUCGACGAAGCCAAGGGUCCUUUAGUUGUUUGUUGUAUCUUAAAAGGUGGUCAUCAAUAUUUUGCUGAUCUUAUCAAUGCUGUAAAAAAAUUAACCACAAAAAAUGGUGAGACUAUACCUUUGAGCUUAGAAUUUAUCCGUGUCAAGUCAUACAAAAAUGAUCAAUCAGAAGGUGUUACCAUGUCCAUUACUGAUGAAGAAUGCAAUGAAUUUAGAGGAAAGAACCUUUUAAUUGUUGAAGAUAUUAUUGAUACUGGUGCUACUAUGGUUCAAUUGCUAAAGAAGUUGGAAACAUUUGAACCAAAGUCAAUUAAAGUGACCAGUUUGUUAAUUAAGAAAACUCCCAAGAGCAAUGGUUAUAUACCUGAUUAUGUUGGAUUUGCUAUUCCUGAUGCUUUUGUUGUAGGUUACGCCUUGGAUUACAAUGAGUAUUUCCGUGAUUUAGAUCAUAUUUGUGUUAUUAGUGAUGAGGGCAAGAAGAAGUAUGCUAUUUAAAAUGUUUAUUUGUAUUGCAAUUAAAAAUCCUUAUAGAAUUUAAGCAUAUUUAAUAAAUCGAUAUUAAAGUUUAUUAUAUAUUAUAUAUUUUAAA